AUGUCAGCCAACCUGAACAGCGCAGAGACACAAUGGCUCGCUCAGCUCAGUGCUAUGAGAGCCGCUAUUGCUGAGCUCAAACUGCCUGCUGACACAGAAAACGCACCCGCGUACGGCCAGGAUGUCUGGACAGACGAGGAGGACUCUUCGGAACCUACGAGCGGCGACGAUGACCUCUGGGAUCUUGUAGACGACGACGAAGAGGAAGAUCAAGCCUUUCUCAGCGACUCUUCGUAUCCUGCGCACGAGGCUACACCAAGUCCUGCAUAUGGCGCAGUCUGGCUACGAGAGAGACUCUCAUAUGUCUCGUCCAGCAUGAGUGUGGACGAGUUGCAGGAUCAAAUUGUUGCUAUACUUGGCUCGGACAGUAGUGAUGAUGAGCUUCAAAUGCUUCUCGCUGAUACCCUAGGCUUCGAUGAACUUGACCUGGUAGCCGACUUCAUCGCUCACCGUAAAGAGAUUGCCACAGCUGUUCAACCUCCUGCGAAGAGCCAGCCCAACGGAAGAAUCCUCUCGCGCCGCGAAAGAGAAGCCGCUCUAGAGCAGCAAGACUUCCAACACAAAACGGCCUCUCUUGCUGCCGCUCAGGACCGAUCUGUCACCCAAUACCCCCAUGUCUACCGAGCACAUGAUGCAGGAAAUAUGCUUUCCUCUCACGGUCGAAAGUACAUGCUACCACUGGGAAGUGAGCGAACUGAACAUGAAAAGUAUGAAGAGUAUUCUAUUCCUCCCGCAAAGGUUGGUACUCUGGGUCUUGGUCAAUCGCUUGUCAUGAUCAAAGACAUGGACACGCUUUGUCAAGGAACUUUUAAAGGUUACAAGUCCUUGAACCGCAUGCAAAGUCUUGUCUACCCAGUUGCAUACAAGACAAGCGAGAACAUGCUAAUUUGUGCACCUACUGGUGCUGGUAAGACUGAUGCUGCCAUGUUGACCAUUCUCAAUACCAUCGCCAAAAACGUGACUCCAAGUCCAUUUGACGAUCCGAAUGCUAGCGAUCUUGCAGUCGCUCUAAACGACUUCAAGAUUGUUUAUGUUGCUCCCAUGAAGGCUUUGGCUGCCGAAAUCACAGAGAAGCUGGGCAAAAGACUCGCGUGGCUCGGCGUACAGUGUCGUGAGCUUACUGGAGAUAUGCACCUUACCAAAGCCGAAAUCGUUGCCACCCAAAUCAUUGUAACAACGCCAGAGAAAUGGGACGUUGUCACGAGAAAGAGCACUGGAGACACGGAGCUUGUUCAGAAGGUCCGUCUCCUGAUCAUCGAUGAAGUCCACAUGCUUCAUGACGAGCGAGGUGCCGUGCUCGAGUCCCUUGUAGCCAGAACAGAGAGACAAGUCGAGAGUACCCAAUCUUUGAUCCGCAUUGUUGGUCUCUCCGCUACGCUCCCCAACUAUAUCGAUGUUGCCGACUUCCUCAAGGUCAAUCGAAUGGCUGGAUUGUUCUAUUUCGACGGCUCCUUCAGACCAGUGCCUCUCGAACAACACUUCAUUGGUGUCAAAGGCAAAGCUGGCAGCAAGACUUCUCGAGAAAACUUGGAGAAAGUUUCAUUCGAGAAAGUACGUGACAUGUUGGAGAAAGGACAUCAAGUUAUGGUUUUCGUGCAUUCUCGCAAGGACACUUGGAAAACUGCCAAAACCAUGUAUGAAUUGGCUACGGACGAAGGGUGUACAGAUCUUUUCGACCCUUCCUUCCACGAAAACUACCAGCAGGCCUUGCGCGAUCUGAAGACCUCCAAGGGCCGUGAGCUUAGAGAGCUCGUGCCUAAGGGCUUUGGUACUCAUCAUGCUGGUAUGCCUCGUUCGGACAGAAAUCUCAUGGAACGUCUGUUUGCCGACGGUGUGCUCAAGGUGUUGUGCUGUACUGCCACUCUUGCCUGGGGUGUCAACUUGCCAGCUGCCGCGGUCGUCAUCAAAGGUACCCAACUCUAUAGUGCAGAGGCAGGUAAGUUUGUUGAUCUCGGAAUCCUUGACGUUCUUCAAAUUUUCGGACGUGCCGGUCGUCCUCAGUUCCAGGACACUGGUAUCGGCUUCAUUUGCACCACUCAGGACAAGGUUCAACACUACCUCACUGCAGUCACUCAACAACAACCAAUCGAGUCAAACUUCUCCAAGAAGAUGGUCGACAACCUCAAUGCUGAAAUCUCGCUUGGCACGGUGACCUCAGUGUCAGAGGCGGUCCAAUGGCUCGGAUACUCUUACCUGUUUGUCCGCAUGCAAAGGAACCCCAUGGCAUAUGGUAUCGACUGGGCUGAGAUCAGAGAUGACCCUCAGCUUGUCCAGAGGCGUCGCGACUUGAUCAUCAAGGCUGCUAGAGUCCUGCAACAAAGUCAGAUGAUCAUCUUCAACGAGACGACCGAGGAACUCCGUGCAAAGGACGUAGGCCGCAUUGCAAGUCAAUACUAUGUUCUGCAGUCAAGUGUUGAGAUUUUUAACACUAUGAUGCGCCCUCAAGCUACAGAGGCAGAUGUACUGAAGAUGAUCAGUAUGAGUGGCGAGUUCGAUAACAUUCAGUCCAAGGAACCAGAAGAGAAGGAGUUGUUGCGCCUGCAAGACGAAUCUGCUCCAUGCGACAUUGAAGGUGGAAUCGGCUCACAAUCCGGCAAGACCAAUGUCCUUCUGCAGUCCUACAUUUCCAGGGCCCGUCUCGAAGACUUCACCCUGGUUUCGGACUCAUCCUACGUUGCACAGAAUGCGGCUCGUAUCUGUAGAGCUUUGUUCAUGAUCGCACUGAACAGACGCUGGGGUUACCAAUGUCUUGUUCUUCUCUCUAUGUGCAAGUCCAUUGAGAAGCGAGUAUGGGCAUACCAACAUCCCUUCCAUCAGUUCGACAUUCCCCAGGCAGUCAUGCGAAAUCUUGAUGAGAAAGGCUCAAGCGCCUCUAUCGAAUCUCUUAGGGAUAUGGAGCCAGCAGAAAUUGGAGCGCUUGUUCACAAUAACAAGAUGGGUCACACGAUCACUAAGUUGCUCGACAAUUUCCCCACUCUCACAGUGGAAGCUGAGAUUGCACCGUUGAACAGAGACGUGCUGCGCAUUCACCUUUACAUUACGCCUGACUUUAGAUGGAACGAGAAGCAUCACGGCAAGUCCGAGUCGUACUGGAUCUGGGUCGAGAACUCUGAAACUUCUGAGAUCUAUCAUCAUGAGUACUUUAUCCUUUCUAGAAGAAAGCUUUACGAUGACCAUGAGUUGAGCUUCACCAUCCCGCUCACUGAUCCACUUCCUUCACAGAUCUAUGUCCGCGCUGUUUCUGACCGCUGGCUUGGAGCUGAGACAGUUACUCCAGUCUCGUUCCAGCAUCUCAUUCGACCUGACACAGAGAGCGUGUACACUGAUCUUCUCAACUUACAGCCACUGCCGAUCGCUGCGCUCAAGAACCCUCUGCUGGAAGAGAUCUACAGCCAGCGAUUCCAGUUCUUCAACCCUAUGCAAACGCAACUGUUUCACUGCAUGUACCACACAUCAGCCAAUGUGUUGCUAGGAUCUCCCACCGGUAGUGGCAAGACAGUCGCGUGUGAGCUUGCAAUGUGGUGGGCUUUCCGUGAGAAGCCAGGCUCUAAAGUUGUUUACAUUGCCCCCAUGAAAGCCCUGGUCCGUGAGAGAGUUCAGGACUGGGGUAAGCGUUUGACGAAGCAGAUGGGACUGAAGCUUGUUGAGUUGACUGGUGACAACACUCCGGAUACCCGAACAAUUCGCGACGCUGACAUUAUCAUCACAACUCCCGAAAAGUGGGAUGGUAUCAGUCGUAGCUGGCAGACCAGAGACUACGUACGUCAAGUCAGUCUGGUGAUCAUUGAUGAAAUUCAUUUGCUCGGUGGAGACAGAGGACCCAUUUUGGAGAUCAUCGUUUCCAGAAUGAACUACAUUGCUUCGCAGAAGAAGGGAUCCGUCCGUAUUGUCGGUAUGUCCACUGCCUGCGCCAACGCCACUGACCUGGGUAAUUGGCUUGGUGUUAAGGAAGGCUUGUUUAACUUCCGGCACUCUGUACGUCCCGUGCCUUUGGAAAUCUACAUCGAUGGUUUCCCUGAGCAAAAGGGCUUCUGCCCGCUUAUGCAAUCGAUGAACCGACCGACAUUCCUGGCGAUCAAGUCUCACUCACCAGAUAAACCAGUCAUCGUGUUUGUUGCUUCUCGUCGCCAGACACGACUGACAGCUCGUGACCUCAUCAACUUCUGCGGCAUGGAGGAGAAUCCUCGUCGCUUCGUGCGCAUGUCGGAUGAUGAUCUCGCUCUGAACCUUGAUCGCGUGAAAGAUGAAGCUCUGCGUGAAUCUUUGAGUUUCGGCAUCGGUCUGCAUCAUGCAGGUCUUGUUGAGUCGGACAGACAGUUGGCCGAAGAACUGUUUGCAAACAACAAAAUCCAAGUGCUUGUUGCCACCAGUACUCUGGCUUGGGGUGUCAAUUUGCCUGCUCAUCUUGUUGUCGUCAAAGGCACACAGUUCUUUGACGCAAAGACAGAAGCAUACAAGGACAUGGAUCUCACAGAUGUUCUGCAGAUGCUCGGUCGUGCUGGAAGACCUCAGUUCGACACUUCAGGUAUUGCCCGCAUUUUCACUCAGGAUGCGAAAAAGGCAUUCUACAAGCACUUCUUGCACACUGGUUUCCCAGUCGAAUCGUCACUUCACAAUGUAUUGGACAACCACUUGGGCGCCGAAGUAUCCGCAGAGACAGUUGCCACUAAGCAGGACGCUCUUGAUUAUCUCACAUGGACGUUCUUCUUCAGAAGACUUCAUAAGAACCCUUCAUACUAUGGCCUUGAGAUUUCGUCAGAGGAGCACAAUACAGUGGCCGCCCAGCAACUUGCCAACGAGUAUAUGGUUGAGAUGGUUGACAAGUCAUUGUCAGAACUUGCCGAAUCCGGUUGUGUGACUAUGCACAGUAACGGUGACGUUGAUCCAACUCCUUUGGGCAAGAUCAUGAGUUACUACUAUCUCGCCCACAAGACCAUUCGCCACCUGAUCAAGCACGCAAAACCGAAUGCUACAUUCGCAGAAGCUUUGGCAUGGAUGUGUAGUGCGACAGAAUAUGACGAACUGCCCGUGCGUCACAAUGAGGACUUGAUCAAUGCUGAGCUUUCGUCGGCUCUGCCAUUGAAGGCCGAGGAUGCUAUGUCUGGUCUGCCUAUGUGGGAUCCUCAUGUCAAGGCUUUCCUUCUUUUGCAGGCUCAUUUCUCCCGCAUCGACCUACCAAUCUCGGAUUAUGUCGGUGAUCAGACUUCGGUCCUUGACCAGGCAAUUCGUAUCUUGCAGGCAUCGAUUGAUGUUCUCACAGAACUUGGCUUCAACUCAAGCUGCGGCAUGAUGAUCACCUUGCUGCAGUGUGUCAAGUCUGCUCGUUGGCCUGAAGACGGUCCUUUGGCUAUGCUUCCUGGUGUUGAGCCACCAAGAGAGCGUCAACGUCUUUCGCUGAAGAAUCCAAAGCCGAAGGACCUGGUCGAAGCCACAACAACACCUCGCAAGGAGCUGGAGACAGUGUUCCACAAACAGCUCUCACUCGCACCCCCUCAACAGCCACGCGCUUUCAAAGCUUUGUCUGCUCUACCUCAAUUGCGUGUCAACGUCUCUGAUGUAACAGCACUAGGCUUGAACGUUACAGUCGCUCGUCUCAACCCUGCACUCAACCGCGAGUUCCACAUGUACGCACCACGCUUCCCUAAACCUCAAUCUGAAGGCUUCUUCCUCGUGGUUGCCGACACCAAGACCGAUGAAGUGCUUGCUCUCAAGCGUAUCUCAUGGCACGUACCUACCCAAGGCAAACAAGCUUCGCAACCAAACCCCAAACCAACCUCUAGAAGCAAGAUUAGAUUGCCUCCUUCAGAUGGCGAGAGAAUGGUUUCAGUCAAGGUUGUUAGUGAUGGGUAUAUCGGUAUGGAGUGGCAUGUUGAGGAUGUAGAGGUUCCUGCUCCUCCCAAGGUCGUUGACGAUGGUCUCAAGAAGAAGCAAGGUUGA